CGGAAGAUUGAAUAGUCUCCGCCCAGUUUCUGGCAAAUGUCGCGCUCAGGAGUGUCCAAUGUGGACUCCACGAUGGGCUUCACGCUCAUUGCCCCAUUCCUGCCAUAAUCUCAGUUGCGAUUCCGCCCACCGACCGCCAUGAGCAGCUCUGGUUCGAACAGCAGCGAAGCCGACGUCGGCAGUGUCAACACGGCCAGUGCGGCCAGCGAUGCCGGGUCCAUCGUGUUCACUAGCGCCCCCAAGACAGAAUCCUCCAACAGCGGAGACUCAUGCACCUGGUACUCUGGCGGCAUCUGCUCCAACCCUCGGUCCUGCUCGGACUGCUUGAAUGUCGCCAUCCCAGGCCAAGAUUGUGCCAUCAGUGCUUACGGCGAGUGUAUGAACUCGUAUAUGCUGUCGAGUGUGGGAGGAUAUCCGAUGAACACUUUCACGUACUGCUCCGCGAACGACUCGGUUUGUUCAGCUUGUAAAGCGAACUGGACUCGCGACGAUAGUGCCGGAAUGUAUGUGGAACCGAAUGCCAUGUGUGUGGGGGAGAGCGGCUGCAUUUGCAUUGCUUCUUGUGAAUUACCCGACCGCGAUGACAAUAUUGUGGAUAACUGGUGCAUCCCGGCACUCGAUGGAUCCCAGUUCCGGUUGGUUGCGGGCCUGAUUGCCGGCACAAUUGCACUCUUUGUUAUUGCUACGAUCCUCACGAAGCGGCAACUCGCCCGUCGCCAGCGACAAGAUGCUGAAGACCGCGAGGCGCGCAAUGCUGCGCGUGCAGCUCAGCGGCAAGCGCGUCGUCCUGCUGGAUUGGCUCACUUGCCGCAACUGAGCUUGUCAGGCUGGUCCGACAUGCGCGAGAAACUCGUUUCCAGCGAGCAGAGCCAGUUGGCGGGUGAGAGCGUGACGAAGCCGACGCUAGCACGGUCAUCUACGACGCCACCUGCUGCUAUUGUCGAAGAAGGCGACGGGUAUCGGCCCAUGUCGCCCAGUGAGCACCCUCCUCGCCGCGAGCUGUGAGGAAUUACUCUGUUGGAGUGAGGUCAUAUAAUCACGUCGGAAAUGUAUCAACUAUUCUUCAUGUAUCGAAAUUUUGUGUUAAACUGUAACUUUUAGAGAAUGUAUUAUAAUGAAGGAAAAAAAAAAAUGCUCGUGUC